GCUGGAAUUCUGAGACGUCUCUCGGAAUCGGAGAAUGGAAGAGGGCCCCGAGGAGAGGAAGGAGAUUCCGUUGGGGAAGGGUACGAAGGACGCGAGGAAUUGACGUUGAAGGAUGACGGAUGAAUGUGAGUGAGGUUGACGGGGGAUGAGGAGGAUAAUAAUAAUAACACGGAAGAUUAAUAAUACGCUUCGUGUGAGUUUUGAAGGGGGAGGGGUGAGUGAAUUUUUCGAGGAGAAUUUCGAGGAAGGACGAGAAGGGGAGAGGAAAGUUGAAUGAGAAUUGAAAAUUCUUCGCGGAUCGUUUUCUUCGUUCUUCGAAGAUUGAAAAAUCGUGGAGGGAGGAGGGAUCGUUGUGUGCAAAUUGUUUGACUUUGACCGGCCACGUGAUCGAACGGGGGAGGAGGUGGAAGAAGAAGAUGCAACGAGAGGUAUUCGUCGGGAUAUAUGAUCGAUUCGAAGAUACGAUGACGUUACACGAGUACGAGGUGAAAUGAGAAAUUGUUUAAGACUGUGCGAAAUGAUGACACCGAUGAAAUAUAGUAAUUAGAUAUAGGAGUUUAGUAAGAGGGGUCGAUUAAGGGAUCGAAGAAGAUUGGAAGAGCGGUCGAGAUGUCGUCGAAAACGCUGCAUAACGAGCAUAUCAAGCGGCCGAUGAACGCGUUUAUGGUGUGGUCACGAGGGCAGCGACGGAAAAUGGCCCAGGAAAAUCCCAAGAUGCAUAAUUCCGAGAUUUCGAAGAGGCUCGGCGCCGAAUGGAAACUGCUCAGCGAAAGCGAGAAACGGCCUUUCAUCGACGAGGCUAAAAGAUUAAGAGCCCUCCACAUGAAGGAGCAUCCAGAUUACAAGUACAGGCCCCGCAGGAAGCCGAAAUCCUUAGUGAAAAAGGAGAACAAGUUCGGUUUCUCGAUAUCACCGUUGAUGUCCUCGGGUGAAUCCCUGGGCAACAUAUCGAGAAGCCUCCUGCCACCUUUGGCGCCCCCAUCGCACCACACGUUGAUGAGCCACGAGGAUCUCAAGAUCCCCCGUUUUUUCCCGCCGUUUCCAUACCCUCUCUACCCAAUUCAACACAAAUUGGGAGAAGAAUUCAACGGCGGGAAACUGGCCGCGGAUCUCCAAGCUCUCUACGGAGGUGGCACCUUCUACUCCAGCCAUCAGACCAUGUCCUGGCCCGGUUUAUCAACGGCGACCUGUCUCCAGCCCAAUUGCGGAUGUCCAAGCCCCCCCAAAGACCCGAAGAGGCCUUACUUGCCCGCCAAAUUAGACGAAAGGCCGUUUCCAAGCCCUGGCAAACCGGAGGACGAUGGAUUUCCCUCGGACAGGGAUUCAAGCAGGGAGGAGCCGCGAUACAGAAAACUGGAAGAGGAGAAUUUCUCGUCGUCGGUGGACAGGCAUCAGGAAGACAGAUCGCAGGAUCGAUUCUCCUCGUCUUCCUCCUCCUCCCUCCCCGAUCAAAACGAGAAGAUAGGCAACACCGCGCCGACGACCACGCCGUCAGCGACCACGAAAGUGGAGAGCGCGUUCUCUGUCCAAAAUUUGACAUCGUCCAGCUCGAAUUUAGGCAGCCAUCGUGGCGGCCACGUCAUAUGAAGACCGCUUCCGGUUCUCCCGGAUUUAAACUUCCGGGGGAACCUGGUACCACCCGGAUGGCCCAGCACCGACUGGUGGAGGGUACCACCGAUGCUCUCGCCGAUCCC